AUGGAAAUCCUCUCCGAUUCCUACACUCUCGGUUUCAUCGGCGCCGGGAAAAUGGCCGAGAGCAUUGCCAAAGGCGCCUCCCGCUCCGGCGUCUUACCCCCUUCCCGCAUCGUAACCGCUCACUCUAACCCCGCUCGUAAAGCCGCCUUCGAGUCCAUCGGCAUCACCGUGCUUUCUUCCAACGACGACGUCGUUCGUGCGAGCAACGUCGUCGUUUUCUCGGUUAAACCUCAAUUAGUGAAGGAGGUUGUGUUGCAAUUGAAGCCGCUUUUAACUAAGGACAAGCUUUUGGUUUCUGUUGCUGCUGGAAUCAAGUUGAAAGAUCUUCAGGAAUGGGCUGGCCACGACAGAUUUGUAAGGGUAAUGCCUAAUACUCCUGCUGCAGUUGGCCAGGCGGCAUCAGUUAUGAGCUUAGGAGGAGCUGCAACAGAAGAAGAUGCGAAUCUUAUAUCCCAAUUAUUUGGGUCAAUUGGCAAAAUAUGGAAAGCCGAUGAUAAAUUUUUUGAUGCUAUAACUGGUCUAAGUGGCAGUGGUCCUGCUUAUAUUUAUUUAGCCAUAGAGGCUUUGGCUGAUGGAGGAGUAGCAGCUGGUCUACCACGUGAUCUUGCAUUAAGUCUAGCUUCUCAGACUGUACUAGGAGCAGCAUCAAUGGCAACCCUUAGUGGGAAGCAUCCAGGACAGCUCAAGGAUGAUGUCACUUCUCCUGGCGGGACAACAAUUGCAGGCGUUCAUGAGUUGGAAAAAGCGGGUUUCCGUGGAACACUGAUGAAUGCUGUUGUUGCUGCUGCUAAACGCAGCCGAGAGCUUUCCUAA